GAGGAAAUAAAAUACAGGAAAAUCAGUGGGAUAAAAGCCGUCAUCUUCUGUUUAUAUUCUAAAAACAGAGUUUCAAUAUUGAAGGGAAAAACUCAAAAUAAAACAAACAAAACAGAAACAAAAAAUUUAAAAAUAAAGAGGAGGAGGAAAGGAUAAAUUGCUCUGCAAAUUUCGAAAGCCUCACUGGUUUUCCCUAAUUUGAUUCUCUGAUUCCAUUAGCUGGGAUCAGAGGAUCAACCCCUCAAAAUCUUCAUUCAAAACCCAAAGCAAAUUAAUAAAUAAAUGAUAUCCAGUGCCAUGCAAUAAACGUUCUUCAUUGAAGUUGAAGAAAUAAAGCUUUGGUUUCUGAGUGAUUUUAAAGCAAUGGGUGUUUCUCAAAAUGAAGCUAAAAUGGAAGGCUGGUUAUAUACAAUACGUUCUAAUCGUAUUGGCUUACAGUUCUCUCGCAAAUGUUACUUCAUUCUUCAUAACAAUGUUCUCAAAAGCUAUAAAGCCACCCCCAUUUCUGAAGAAGAGGAGCCUGUUAGAAGUGCUAUAAUUGAUUCAUGCAUUCGGGUCAAAGAUGACGGAAGGGCAAGCAUAAACAAGAAGGUCUUCUUCAUUUUCACCAUUUACAGCACUUCAGUUGAUAAUGAGCAGCUUAAGUUAGGCGCGACUAGCUCAGAGGACGCAGCAAGGUGGAUUCGUUGCUUGAAGGAUUCAGCGUUAAAGGAAUCUCCAUGUCUUGCAAAGAAUAUUUCAGCUUCUCCUAAGAAGAUAUGGUCAUCUUUGAGAUUGACUAAUUCAAAGAGAACACACAGCAAGGACUCUGUCCAUUGGCCUUUCCACUCAUCUGUUCAUUCCGAGGCAAUGACAUCCGAUGUUGUUGCACCCUCACCUUGGAAAAUAUUUGGUUGUCAGAACGGGUUACGGCUUUUCAAAGAAUCAAAAGACAAGAAUACUCGUGGAUGGCAUUGGAAUGAUAUUCCAGCAAUAAUGGCUGUCGGUGUGGUUGAUGGGACCUCAGAGGCAAUUUUCCGUGUUGUCAUGUCUCUUGGUCCCUCAAGAUCAGAAUGGGAUUUCUGCCUCUACCAUGGCAGUGUGGUCGAGCACGUUGAUGGUCAUACGGAUAUCAUUCACAAGAAGUUAUAUAGCGACUGGCUACCAUGGGGAAUGAAACGAAGAGAUUUAUUACUUCAACGCUAUUGGAGACGAGAGGAUGAUGGCACAUACGUGAUUCUUUACCACUCCGCGUCUCACAAGAAGUGUCCACCUCAAAAUGGCUAUGUCCGUGCUCGUCUAAAAAGUGGGGGAUAUGUUAUCACUCCGGUGAACAACGGAAAACAGUCACUUGUGAAACACAUGCUUGCUAUAGAUUGGAAGUUCUGGAAAUUUUAUCUCCGAACUCCGGCUGCUAGAUCUUUGACGAUUCGUAUGCUUGAGAGAGUUGCAGCCUUACGGGAGCUGUUCAAAGCAAAACAAGGAAAUUAUCCUCCUGAAUGCUUGUCCAUGGAGUGGACGAGUGAUGCACACUUGCCUCAAUUAGAAAAAGAGGAUAUUAAGAUUGAUACUCAAAGCCCCGAAGAGACAAUAAAGAUUGAGGAGGAUGUUCUAAUGGAGGUUGAGGCAGCAAAACCACCAUCCGGGCGUGUAAGUCUAUUGCGUCUGAAUCAAGAACCGGAUGAGUUCUUUGAUGUUCCUGAAGCAGAUGAAUUCUUGGAUUAUGAUCGCUUGGAGAGUGACUGGUCUCCUGAAUCAAGUUCUCCGAAAAUACCACAGCCAAAAAUAACAUCAGCAGCCGGUCUAGUGAGAAAAUUGCAUGGUCUUGCAACUCAAAAGAAAGGUUACACAGAAUUACAAGAGGUGGCUCGGGAAGACAGCGUAGUCUUCUCCUACGGAACCUCUCUCCAAAAGGACCCGACCUUUACUUCACCAUGCAGUUGGUCAGCCGGAGACCCUUCUUCAUUUUUGAUACGCAGUAAAACUUACCUGAAAGACAACAGAAAGAUUAAAGCAAAUGGAACGUCGAUGCAAAUGGUUGGGGCAGACUGGCUAAUAUCUGACAAACGAGAAGAUGAUUUAGGCAGUCGAGUUGGUGGUAUUGUUCAGAAAUACGCUGAACGCGGUGGACCAGAAUUUUUCUUUAUCAUCAAUAUGCAGAUUCCUGGUUCACCGACAUAUACAUUAGCACUGUACUACAUGAUAAAAACUCCCAUUGAAGAUCACCCAUUGCUGUACAAGUUCGUCAAUGGAGAUGAUGCCUAUAGAAACUCAAGAUUUAAGCUCAUACCAUACAUUUCUAAGGGAUCAUGGAUAGUCAAACAAAGUGUUGGAAAGAAAGCUUGCUUACUCGGUCAAGCUCUCAAUACUCAUUAUUUCCGUGGGAAAAAUUACUUGGAGGCUGACAUAGAUGUUGGGUCUUCGACGGUGGCUCAGGGUGUAGCUAAUCUUGUCCUCGGAUAUCUCAACAAUUUGGUCGUAGAAAUGGCAUUUAUAAUACAGGGUAAUACACAAGAGGAGUUACCGGAAACCCUCCUCGGAACAUGCCGUCUUAAUCAUCUCGAUCAAUCGAAAGCUCACAUAGCAAUGCCAUGAGCAAGAAAAGAAACCAGAAAAUCAUCGAAUCAAACUGGCUUAGUCAUCCCAAUCUAUUGGAAGCUCACAUACCAUUACCAUGAACUAUUGAGAGGUUGAAUCGAAUACCAAAUCAUGUAUAGGUCCCCUUUUUUGUUGUUAAUUUUCUUUCCUUACCAUCCAAUCAAAAUGAAAUUAAAAAUAUGAGUCCAUUUUUUUAUUGUUUGGUAGGGUUUCAUGUAUUAAGCUACAAUGCAAUUCUCAUCCUUUAUUAUGUAAAGAAAAUUGGUGAGUAUUUGGUAUAUUUUAUUCUAUAAGUAAUUUUUAAAAA